AUGCCAGCACCAGAGAAUAUUCGGUCAAGGUUUACAGGCAAUGUCUGCUUCUACACAUUCAUUGCGCGUUACCGGCAACCACUUGUUUUAUGGCGUAACAUAGAAACCGUAAUACGCGAGAACGAGCUCGCCCAGGUUCGCGGAGAUAGCUCAGCAACCAAAUUAGUUUUACCGGGCAACUCAACACCACCGACGACAGAUGCAGAUGCUCGGGCGUGUAAGCGCUUUGCGGCGCGUCCCAAAGUGAGGAUCAAUGAUAUUAUGAAGAAAUUGCGACCUUCAGUUCCCACUGGGAAGGAUGAACCUCAGUUGAAGAUUGAGCUUAGAACGUUGAAACGGAAAGUUCCGUCAAAACGGGGAUCCAGACCUAGGUCGAAUGGGACAGGUAAUUCAAAUGAAAAGGUUCCAGCCAAUUCAAAACUAAACCGACCUCAACGCCAAUCGAGCAAAUUGAAUAGCAUGAUAUCAGUCCGCUGCAAAUGCGAACUCACCAUAUAUGAAAAGAGAGAUAGUUCGUCAACCGAGAAAACAUCCCCUCCUCCAGUUCUCUACAAAUCAAGCGAGCUUUGCACGAUCAAUUACGACUCUGAUGAAUCCGCGGCCAUAGAGAUGGACGACCAUUUUUAUAUCAAGGCUAGCCAGCUUUAUGUACAGCCGAGUCGAGGUCCUAUAAAACCCUGGGGAUUGGCGGAGAGCUACAGUGCCCAGAUUACUUUGAAUGCGAUAGACGUUGAUGAAAAGUGGCCCCCCUUCCUUUCUGGCGAAAGACCGCAGGGCAGGAAGUGGCGGGAACCCUUUUACGUUGUUUUGUACUGCACCCUUGCCUCUUUGCCGAUGACUUCAGGUAUUUCGCAGUACGAUGUGUUUUUGAAGUUCGAUUCGACUACCAACGAGCGUUCAGGUUUAAGUCUCGAAGUAGACUAUGGGUGGAGUCAAGUACAAUCACAACGUAGCGGACUUGAUCACCAUUUGGCUAGGCUUCCGACACCUACCUUGGAUAAGGAGCAGUUUUCGUGCUCCAGACCGACGUACAGUGUUUUGACUAUCUACUACUUUCGGGGCUCAGUAGAUGAGAAGGAUUUACAAAAUCAAUAUGGGGCUCCAAAUCUCAGAGACCAACAUCUGUUCUCGAUUCCCGGAUAUACCUGUCCCAUUUGCGACGGUAAAAAGUUUCACAACUUAAAAUUUUUGCAUUUACAUCUAAUUACUUUCCACGAUCUGUUCCAUUUUCAGGUAAAAUCAAAAGAGCAGACGAAAGGUUUGGAGAGCAUAAUCGAGAUCUCUGUAGAUCUCUCUAAGGAACAAUUGACUGCCAGAGCCAGUGACCAUGUUCCUGAUCAUAGAGUAUUUCGCUGGCAGAAGCCCACCACCAAAUUUGAUCUUAAUACUAUGCUUAAGGGUGAUUGGGCUUGGCUCAAUGAAAAGAAAAGUGCCUCUUUAAUCGGGAAUUAUCGCCGAGAGCCAUUGCAAUCAAGUAAUGGAAUUAGUGCUCCCGAGAGAAAAAUCAAUCUGUAUGACGUUCAACCCCUACCAAAGAUGGGAAGGCGAAAAUAUGUUGUUCCGGAGGCUAGAAACGGCGUGAGAGGCCUCGUAUUUGUUCGGAACAAAAGUAAACGCUUUGUGCAUCCCGGCGAGGAGCUCAGUGAGAGUGACGAUGACGUGGACGAAGAAUGGUUGAAGAUGAAACAUGGGGAGACUGUUGAAGACUUCAGUGAUGUAGUGGCAAAUGAACGGAAGUUCAUGGUGUUGUGGGAUCGUUAUCUUUAUGAAGAGCGUCCUAAAGGCAAUAUCCAAGUCCCAUCAGUCUUGGUCCGCUUUGCUAGGGAUAUGGGGGAAAUUCUUAGAAGCUCAAAUCUCCUUGUCGAAUUCUGGAAGCAUUGUUUGAAUCUGGUGCAGUAUCGGGUUAUUGAUGCAGAAUGUUUAAAAGUUUGCAUGGCUAUCGCGAAGGGCAAUAACCCAUGGUCUUCAGCCGGUAUUUCUACUGUUGGGCUUGGACUUGCUGGCCCUAUUGCAUUAGAUAGCUCACCAGGUGUCGUGCCACCAUCGGAGGACCCGAUGGACCUAGAUGGUGAAACUUCUGAUGGGGAUCCCGAUGAUGAACAAUUAAUAUUUGUGCGGGGAGCUCGAGAUUUGGGAUUUUGUACCUGUGGGAAGCCGUAUGAGAGAUCUCAGAUGGUUCUUUGUGUUGGUUCGACUUGCGACAGGCGCUGGUUCCACAAAUCCUGUUUUAACCUAGAGAAUCUUCUUGACGAAUGGAAAUGUCCGAAAUGCAUUGAGAGGGUUUACGAGACAAAUGGCCUAAGGAAGGGCAUCGUAGCCACCCCAUGA